GUAUGGGAUACAGCUAUCGCAAGUAUAUCAGAUCAGAAUCGGGCGCAUUUGGGUGUGUAAAGUGCAAAACACAUCUUGCUGCCUUAGAGCAUCUAGAAAGUCACGCAUUUCAAGGGCAGACCGGGAGGGCUUUGUUAUUUUCUAAUGUCGUCAACUAUGUCCUCAGCAAAGCAGAGGAUAGGGGGAUGACUACGGGCGUACAUACAGUCGCAGAUUUACAGUGCAGAAGGUGCAAUUUACAGCUCGGAUGGAAGUACAUAUUCGCAUACGACGAGAGCCAGAAAUAUAAAGAGGGGAAGUACAUCCUCGAGAAAGCCAGAAUAACAAAGGUAGAUGGCGGUCUCUCUAACCGUCGUAUGGAACUCUACUCAAGGAAUGGAAUGACGUAUUCCGACGAAGAGCAAGACAGCGACGAUGAAUAGUUUACAUAUAUAAAACAGCCAAUGAAAUCGGUAACGAUGCGAUGAAACUUUGUUGUACUCUCUAUUUUCUACAUUUGUUUUGACAUGUUUAGUAUGUCUGGUGUUGCGGGCGUGCUUGAUCGUGAAGUAGCGGAAGAUUUCGUUGACUUACGCUUCUUCUUCUUGAUUGUAUCAGUAGGUGCUGAUUUAGUCGGUACUGGCUUGGGUUCUUCAACCGUCUGAUCUGUCUGAUCUAUAUCUAUCUUCUCGCCUGUCUGUUCACUUAGUAACUUCGCCCUGCGUUCCCGCUCAAGUUUUAGAUCAGCCCGCGUCGUCCGCAAGGAUUUAAGAAGUGGUAUACUGUUCUCUUCCGUGACAUCAGUCUUAUCUUUCUGUUUGUUUGGUUCUAUUUGCCAGCUAUAGCCAACGCGUGGAUUGUAAGCUGGUAGAUUAUCCCUCAAGGUCUUCAUAGAAGACUGCAAUGCAAAUAUCGCGCUGUGAAACUUCAUCCCGAGUGCGUUGUAACCGUCUGGGGCGGCGUAUAUGUUAUUGUUUAAACAGUAGUAGACAGCCAAGACUCUAGAAUCUGUUGGCGAGUGUCUAUAUUGCUUAUUGAUUAUAAAUAAAUCUGGAGCUUCUGAGUGAGCGAGUACGAACUCAAUGCCAGUGAAAUGCACUAAUUGAUCAAAUAUAUUGGCUGGCUGACUCAAGUUAGCAAUAUUCUGCAUCUUUAUCAGCUGGUUGUUGCUCUUCUUAUCAUAAAAUGGCGAAAGACUGAAGUAAUCCAUAAUAAGUGCAUCAUUGAGUGUAUUGCCGUAGUACUACUAAUCAUUAGAUUACUAUAUUAUACGCUAUAUACCCACCUGGAGAAAUUCAGGCGCUCUCCAGAAA